UCAACGGACGAAGGUUAUGUGCCGACGAGGAACAAGCCGGCGACGAUGCUCAUACCCAACGCUGCCGAUGUACGGGUACGACCGAUUUCUUUGGUAAGCGAUCGGGGAGCAUUGGAACGCUGGUUCGUGCCUGUGCCGGUGUUGGAUUGUGUGGCCGGAUCUGAGAUGAGGACGCCGGGGAUCGGAAGCGAGGCGGCAUUACAGGCUGACACAAAAGCUGCAAAAGAAAG